CACGAAUGGCUCCUCCUAUUUUUGAUGGUGAUAAUUAUCAACUAUGGGCUGUGAGAAUGGAAACUUACUUGGAGGCUCUUGAUCUUUGGGAAGCCGUGGAAAAGGAUUAUGAAAUUAAUCCGCUGCCAAAUAAUCUCACUGUGGCCCAGAUCAAGAGUCACAAGGAAAAGAAAACCAUUAAGUCAAAGGCAAAAGCAACUUUGUUUGCUGCUGUUUCGACAACUGUUUUCACGAAAAUCAUGACUCUCAGAUCACCAAAAGAUAUUUGUAAUUAUCUGAAGAAAGAAUAUGUUGGAGAUGAAAGAAUACGAGGAAUGAAGGUAUUAAAUUUAAUGAGGGAAUUCGAAUUGCAGAGAAUGAAAGAGUCAGAAACAGUCAAGGAAUACUCUGACAGAUUGCUUGGUAUUGUCAACAAGGCUCAGGAACAAAGGAGACUUAUGAGGCAAGAUGGCAUGGUUGAAGGAGCAUUAGUAGCGAGCCACAAAACUCAAAGCAAGGGUAAAUUUUUGAAAAAUUACCCACCUUGUCAGCACUGUGGAAAAAAAUGGACAUCCUCCAUAUAAAUGUUGGAAAAGACCAGAUGCACAGUGCAAGAACUGCAAACAACUUGGCCAUGAAGUUGUGAUUUGCAAAAGCAAAUUUCAAAAAGGUGAAACAGUUGCCCAAGUCACUACUGAAGAAGAAGAAGACCACUUAUUUGUGGCAACUUGUUUUUCA